AUGUCGAUCAAGUUAGCAACUAAAAAGCCUAGUUACCAUGUCAAGUUAUCAACUAAAAAGCCUAGUUACCAUGUCAAGUUACCAACUAAAAAGCCUAGUUACCAUGUCAAGUUACCAACUAAAAAGUCUAGUUACCAUGUCAAGUUACCAACUAAAAAGCCUAGUUACCAUGUCAAGUUACCAACUAAAAAGUCUAGUUACCAUGUCAAGUUACCAACUAAAAAGCCUAGUUACCAUGUCAAGUUAUCAACUAAAAAGCCUAGUUACCAUGUCAAGUUACCAACUAAAAAGUCUAGUUACCAUGUCAAGUUACCAACUAAAAAGCCUAGUUACCAUGUCAAGUUACCAACUAAAAAGCCUAGUUACCAUGUCAAGUUACCAACUAAAAAGCCUAGUUACCAUGUCAAGUUACCAACUAAAAAGCCUAGUUACCAUGUCAAGUUACCAACUAAAAAGCCUAAAAAUACCGUGUUCUGGCUUUGUUUGGCCUUGUCCCCUUUCUUCCGCGCCUCAUUUUCCACCACAUUGUGUAUAUCUCCCUUUCAUGCACUUCUCUUCCUCCCGCCCCUUACUCCAUGA